AUGGGGAACAUGGACGGGAAAGCCGUGGAGGAGCUGAGCACCACCGAGUGCCACCAGUGGUACAAGAAGUUCAUGACAGAGUGUCCUUCAGGCCAGCUCACCCUCUACGAGUUCAAGCAGUUUUUUGGCUUGAAGAACCUGAGUCCGGCGGCGAACAAAUACGUUGAGCAAAUGUUUGAGACGUUUGACUUUAAUAAGGAUGGCUACAUAGACUUCAUGGAAUACGUGGCAGCGCUGAGCCUGGUGCUGAAGGGGAAGGUGGACCAGAAGCUCAGGUGGUAUUUCAAGCUCUACGAUGUGGAUGGCAACGGCUGCAUCGACCGGGCUGAGCUGCUGAACAUCAUCAAAGCCAUCCGCUCCAUCAACCGCUGCAACGAGAAGAUGACGGCGGAGGAGUUCACGGACAUGGUGUUCAACAAAAUCGACAUCAAUGGAGACGGCGAGCUGUCCCUGGAGGAGUUCAUGGAGGGCGUGCAGAAGGACGAGAUGCUGCUGGACAUCCUCACCCGCAGCCUGGACCUGACCCACAUCGUCAGGCUGAUCCAGAACGACGGCAAGAACCCUCACGAGGCCGGGCAGGACGCCCAGGCUGCCCAGUAGCUCCCGGGACGCUUUCCCUUGGCCUCCCCUGGCACUGCCAGCCGGGAUCAGCCGCGGGGCUGCACUCCCCGCUGGCAGAACUGUCCCCUCGGCGCAGGGACAGCGCUGUGACACCGCGGGCAGCGGGAGGACAGGCCUCGGCAGGGAGGGUGCAGAGCUGGGCUGUCCCACACGGACCUGGCGUGGCCUCGGGGCCUCUGGACGCUGCUGCUGCCGAGCUCAGAGAGGGGACAGCCAGAGCUUCCUGGGCAGGGGAGCAGCACGAGGCUGUGCAGGCCAAGAACUCCCUGAGAACACCCCAAAACUGCCACCGAGGCCGUGGCCAACACCCCCCCAGCGGGGUCCAACAGGGGCUGCCCAGGACUGGGCCCCGGUGAGAGGGGUCCUGGAAAAGCAGAUCUGAACCUUCUCCUUCCAUUUGUAUUUCCAGAGCAAGCUGUCACCAGUUCUGGUCACUCCUUCCUUCACUGGUUAUCAUUUGGUCAGCAGUGGUAGUGAUAACGUGAGUUAAAACAUUUAUGAGCUGGCAAAAGAGGAGGGGUGUUUGCAGUGGCUUUGUUUAAAAGCAUUCAAAACACUGAAUGGUGCCUUUUCCUAACAACCUCCUGGACUGUAAGGAAAUGUUUCUCCCUGAAGCAUCAGGAAGGAAGGAAGUGCUUCCAGAUGAGCACAAUCAGCAAUGCAGUAACCCGAGAGGAGCUGCAGGACCGUUCCUGCUGUGUCCCCACCUGGCCAGGAGCACCAGGAGGCUUUGACCCCUUGUGUGUGUGGGUGCUGGAGGGGGAGCUGCUCCAGAGGGUGAGACCAGCUCAGGGCAGUGCCCGAGGCCAGCCCUGGGCAGCCCCUGUGCAGCCCCCCGAGCCCCCAACAGCCCCAGCUGUGCCCCAGCUGUGCCCCAGCUGCUCCU